AAGCCCAUCAUUUACCAAACAACCGGUCUUUGCUUUUUGUUUACGAAGGCUUUCCCCGGCGUAUGCUCCAUCUCUCUCUUUCCCUUUCUUUUCCAAAAGAACUCCAAAAAUUAGGGUUUCGAAAACCCUAACUUUACCAUAGCUUCCCAAUUCUAUUUCUUCUUCAUCCCUUUUGUUUUUAAUAGAAAUUAAAUUUAAUAAUCUCGUUAUUGUGUUUGAUUUCCUUCAACAAUGGCGGAACACUUAGCCUCUAUCUUCGGUACCGAGAAGGACCGUGUUAAUUGUCCCUUUUAUUUCAAGAUUGGAGCUUGCCGGCACGGUGACCGGUGCUCACGUCUCCAUAACCGGCCGACGAUCUCCCCAACCAUCCUUCUUUCCAACAUGUAUCAGCGGCCAGAUAUGAUCACUCCCGGAGUAGAUCCCCAAGGACAACCCAUAGAUCCUCGCAAGAUCCAGGAACAUUUCGAGGAUUUCUACGAGGAUAUCUACGAGGAACUAAGCAAGUUCGGUGAGAUCGAGAGUCUUAACGUUUGUGAUAACCUCGCCGAUCACAUGAUUGGAAACGUAUAUGCUCAGUUCAGGGAGGAAGAUCAAGCGGCAGCCGCUCUCCAGGCACUUCAAGGAAGGUUUUACUCCGGUCGACCCAUCAUUGCCGAUUUUUCCCCGGUUACCGAUUUCCGUGAAGCCACGUGUCGGCAAUACGAGGAGAAUAACUGUAACCGUGGUGGUUAUUGCAAUUUCAUGCACGUCAAAGUAAUUGGGAGAGACCUUAGAAGGAAACUGUUCGGAAGUUACCGGAAAUACAGAGGACAUCGGAGUAGGAGCAGAAGCGGAAGUCCUCGCCCCCGCCGUGAUAGGGAUCGCGACCGUCACCGUGACCGUGAUGAUAAUCGCGAUAGGAAUGGUCGAAGACCUGAUAGGACUGACCGUGACGCCGGUGGUCGGAGAAAAAAUGGAAGUCCUAAACGAAGCCAUAGUCGAAGCCGAAGCCGAAGCCCUCCACCUGCUAGGGAAGGGAGUGAAGAACGUAGAGCCAGGAUUGAACAAUGGAAUCGAGAAAGGGAAGAGAAGCCAUAAGAGCAAGCUCUUUAGACCACGGUUUGAUCUAUAAUUUUCAUUUCUCUUCCCUUUUUGGUUAUAAUUAUUUAUUUUUCUAAUUUCAGAAAUGUUUUUGUUAUGUUUCUGCAACUUUGGGUAAAACUUAAAUAUUCAUUUCGAGCUAUGCGUGACACCAUUUUAGCUGUUACAAUGUCUUUUUAAAGGGAGUAUCUGUAUCUCUGUUGAAUAGUUUCCUUUUAUUUUUGUCCAUUGUUAAAGAGAUUCAAGCUACUUUAAUAUCAGUUCUUGCUUUAAUUUGCUUACUCAA